UUGAUAUCGUCGUCAAACGAGGACGACGACAGAACAAAAAAAAAUCAAAAAACAAAGAAAAAAUCAAAAAACAAAAAAAAAAACAGUUUUCUGUCAACGAAUUGGAAAAUCCAUAAAAGCUACACAAAUGCACUCAUCAGCAUAAAAUCAUACAAAAAACAAAAUAUUGCAAAACACCCACCACAAUACACUGAAAGUAGAAAAAGAACAACAACUCAAGCAUUUUGUAUGUGUAAUCUCAAAUUCAAUAGAAAACAAAAGCAAUCAACAAAAAUACUCUGCGCAUACAGCAUCCUCGUAUCCUUAACAAGCUCAAGCGCGCUGUAGCUGCUGCGCUCUCUUCUUCUCUAUGUAAAAAAUGCAACACUGAAAUGAAAUACAACACUGCUUGUAUCCUUGUAUUCAAUGCGCUCACGCUCGCAACUAACAAGUGAAAUGUACAUUUGAGCGCUGAGAGCAAUACGUAUGUGUAUAUCCUUGGAAUCCAAUAAUCCUGAGUAAAUCAAAAAAAUUAAAUAACAAGUGCUUGUCGUAAACGAGAUAUAUAAGAGUGAAAUAGUGAGCGAAAAGCAGUGUGAACAAGUGAAAAAAGGCAGUCAGAGCGUAGUGAGUGGAUUGUGGAAGUUGAGAGAGUGAAAGAAGGCCACUGGUAGGCAGCCGAACCAAAUAACAACAGGAACAACAGCCACAAGAUGGGUCGCCGCUCUUUUAAUCGCGUUUGCGCUAUAAGUUAUCCCAGUCGCGUCGAGGGUUGGUUGGAUGUUUGUGAAUCUGAGGGUGAACUUACACGCAAAUACAAAACUCUGCCAUGGAGUCCGCUCUACUGUGUCCUGCAGCAAGAUGAGCAAUCUUUCACGGCAUACUGCAGUGAAGAAAUAUCGAUAUUCCCGGCUACACCUAAAAAGGAGCUAACAGACGUACUCUUCAAUGAGUAUCCACGUGUGCGGCUGGAUCGUGUGCGGCGGCCUGCAAAAGCUUUGUGGGAUGGUCCGCCAACAUUAUGCGAGGAACCUGAAGAUUCAGAUACAUGUCCCAUGGAUAUAGCGCUGAAUACGACACUCUACAGUGAAUUAG